GUUUCCCCCUGCCCCUGGGAGACAUUAUCCUUGCAGUGUUGUAGGCUGUUUUGAAAUUCUUUUCUUUAGAAAUUUUUUUCCUUAAUAUCAAGGAGCCGCUGCUGCUCGCGUGGCUGGCGCACCGGGGGCCGAGCGGCGGAACCUCCCGGCUGGUGAAAAUGCAGAUUGAUGAUGGCGCGUCUAGGGACGCGCUUUCCCUGGUCUGCAAAUCGCACACACCUUGAAUGACAGCGAUUAUUCUCUACAGGCUUCUCCUGCGGGAAGAGCCACGCGCGGUCCUCCGGCUUUCUCUAGAAAAUCCCGAGAGGGUCUCGGACGCAGAAGAGGAGCCGGGCGCGGCGACCCCGGGAGCGAUUCCAGAGCCCGGGGACUCCGGCACCUGCCGUGCGCGUCGCCGCGGACGAGCUGUGCCAGCCGCGGGUCCCUGUCCCCGCGAGGCCGCUGCCCGAGAGCCGGCGGCGGCAGCGAAGGGGCGACGCGGAGAGGCGUGAGCGGACUCUGACCUGCCCCGCGCAGCGGAGGGUCCGGCCUGAGCGCUCCCCGCGGAACCUGCUCGCUCCCGGCUGGGCAGCUUGACCCGAGCCGGCGCCACCGGGGAUCGACGGCCCAGUCGGCGUCCGGGCGGGGCCGGGGCACCACGUGGAGCACAGCAGCUGCCGCCAGAUGUGCCAGGCACCCGCCGCGAGGCAGGCCCCCCGGAGAGGCUCCCACCAGCUCCGAAGCCCCGCUCGUCCUCGCAGCUGGCGGCCUUCGUAAAGGGAGCCCUCGGCCCCCGCCGGGCAGGGUCCCGGAGAGAGGCGGCGGCGCGACACCCUCGGGCUCGCAGAGCGUUGCUCGAAUCGGGGCGCCUCGGCAGGAGGUUUGUCCCCGCCCGCCCGCCGUGCUGCGCGGCCCCCGUGAAAGGGAAAGAGCGCGCGGCUGAGAUGGGCGAGACCAUGUCAAAGAGACUGAAGUUCCAUCUGGGCGGGGAAGCAGAGAUGGAGGAGCGGGCGUUCGCCAAUCCCUUCCCGGACUACGAGGCCGCUGCCUCCGCGGUGUUCGCCGCCGGAGCGGCCGAGGAGACGGGCUGUACUCGCCCCCCGCCCACCACCGACGAGCUUGGCCUCCCUUUCCACAACGACGGAAAGAUCAUACAUAAUUUCACGAGGCGAAUCCAGACCAAAAUCAAAGAUCUUCUGCAGCAAAUGGAAGAAGGGCUGAAGACAGCCGAUCCCCAUGACUGCUCGGCCUAUACUGGUUGGACAGGCAUAGCCCUUUUGUACCUGCAGUUGUACCGGGUCACCUGUGACCAGACCUACCUGCUCCGAUCCCUGGACUACGUAAAGAGAACCCUUCGCAACCUGAAUGGCCGCAGGGUCACCUUCCUCUGUGGGGAUGCUGGACCCCUUGCUGUAGGAGCUGUGGUGUAUCAUAAACUCAAAAGUGAUUGCGAGUCCCAGGAAUGCAUCACAAAACUUUUGCAGCUUCAGAGGACCAUUGUGUGCCGGGAUUCAGACCUCCCUGACGAGCUGCUCUACGGACGGGCAGGUUACCUGUACGCCUUGCUCUACCUGAACACGGAGAUCGGUCCAGGCACCGUGUGUGAGUCAGCUAUUAAAGAGGUGGUCAGUGCUAUCAUUGACUCCGGCAAGACUCUGUCAAGGGAAGAAAGGAAGGCCGAGCGCUGCCCGCUGCUGUAUCAGUGGCACCGGAAGCAGUACGUGGGGGCGGCCCACGGCAUGACAGGGAUCUACUACAUGUUAAUGCAGCCAGCAGCAAAAGUGGACCAAGAAACCCUGACAGAAAUGGUGAAACCUAGUAUCGAUUAUGUGCGCCACAAAAGAUUCCGCUCUGGAAACUACCCGUCAUCACUGAGCAAUGAAACAGAUCGCUUGGUCCACUGGUGCCACGGCGCCCCUGGGGUCAUCCACAUGCUCAUGCAGGCCUACAAGGUCUUUAAGGAGGAGAAGUACUUGAAGGACGCCAUGGAGUGCAGUGACGUCAUCUGGCAGCGAGGUUUGCUUCGGAAGGGCUAUGGGAUCUGCCAUGGGACCGCCGGCAAUGGCUACUCGUUCCUGUCCCUGUACCAUGUCACACAGGAUAAAAAGUACCUUUAUCGAGCUUGCAAAUUUGCCGAGUGGUGUCUAGACUAUGGAGCACACGGGUGUCGCAUUCCCGACCGGCCCUAUUCUCUCUUCGAAGGCAUGGCCGGCGCGAUUCACUUCCUCUCCGACAUCCUGGCACCAGAGACCUCCCGGUUUCCGGCAUUUGAACUUGCCCCUUCACAGAGGAACACAAAGAUGUAGAGAGACUACUAAGACACCUGUUUGGACCAAAAGCCAGAUUGCUUAGUGCCUGCCACGGAACCAACUAUGAAUCCUGAAGAAGGCAAGAAAAGGAGAGAGAGAGAGAAGCAAACACCUUCACAGGCCCCCUUUGUUGCAGAGACCCUCAAGUUAGAGCAUGAAUGACAGAAACCAUCCCAUCAGCGUUUUGUAACAGUGUUCCCCUCCCCGUGUAAAAUACGAAUUCUUCACAUCCGGCCUUCUGUAGCACUUGCAUGUUUCUUGGUGUGUGUUGUGUGUAGGUUAAGUUGCUCCAGCAGGAAGCCCUGCUCUUUCCGCGAGCCCGGAGCCGACCACGCACGAGAGGAUGGUGGCAGCCACUUCUCUGUACAUAGUAUUUCAAGGGAGGUGUCCUCUGUGUUGACAAGCAGGAAUGGUCAGGUGGUGUCCCUCUUACAGAUCAGGAAGUUUCUCUGAGGUGAUAUCCUAGUGAUACUUUGUCAGCACUUUCUGUGAGUACCUUUCAGACAAGCAUGAGGGGAGACUGGUCCGAAGACUGAAAUUAACAGGACAGAUGGAGGGGUGGGGGUUGCACCUUUGCACAAGCUAGCUGAAUGCUCCCCCUUUGUGUUCUGUGUUCACCCUUAGUGUUUUUAAGAAGCCAGAGGGCAUGCAUGGCAGCUCUACUGGGGCUCCCUGUUCUCAGUAGAAGCUCCGGGCACCUGUGUGGCGUUCCAGAGGCUCCUUUCAACCCCAUCCAAAACGGCCUGUGCCCUGGCCAGUGGACGUCGUGAUCCCACAAAACAGUCAAGGGAAGCCUUUUCAUGAGCAUAAUGUAAAUCAAGUAGGAGUGACUAAGCACUGGCAGUUGUAGAUUUGGUUUACAUUAUUAAAACAGACGACACCUCAAUUUUAUCAACAUCGUAACCUAUUAUAAGUUCAGUGGAUACAGUUCCAGGUGGUGAUAAGCAGAUACUCAUCUGUUCCCUUGUCCUUGCAAUUAAGCUUACUUCAAAAUUUGAUAAGUUACUGCAGUAUAAAUUUGGGAGGAAUACAGUCAUUUUUUGGCCUACUUUUGGGUGAUUGAAAUCUCACAUUUGAUGAAAUAUAUUAAGUGAAAAAGGACUAGUCUGCAUUUAUACAUAUGGGAAACAUAAUCUAACCAAGAAAAUUAUGGUAUUAUCUGUCUGACCUGUUUUAUCUAAAAAAAAAGGGGGCAUUAAUUUUGAUUAGCAUAUUCUCAAUAAUUCUUUUGGAUUUCAGUUUUUAGAAGAGUUUUGUCAUCACCAUACCAGUGGCCUAGGACUUUCCAUGUACUUGUCCUCUUGGGAGCUAGGGCACGGGUCAUAAAAGCCUAGACAGGCUUCUUCGCUGGUCUGCUCCUUGCCUGUAAGGGUCUGUCUAAUCACUCAUCAGCCCUGGUUCCCUCUCCUUUCAUAAAGGAGCAAGAAUAUCAACGUGGAAGACAAAUCUUCAGGCAUAUCCAGUUAGUAGGAUGUUGCUGACCCUUUAUUUGCGGGGCUGUGGCCUCCUAGCUUGUGACCUUCAUUUUCUAAAUGAAGCCUCAUGGAUCCCUUCAUUGCAGACAUUGUUCCUAAGUCGUGACCAUCCUCUCUCAAGCGAGGUUGAUGGCUUCCCGGGGUAUAAAUUCUCAUGGUUAUAGUGUAACCAACUUCCCCGGCCCGCCCAGUGCUUCUCCGGUGGCCAAGCGCCCCAUUCCUAGUCAGACUCUGCAGUCCUGAACCCGUUGAGGGAGACGGUUUGGCAGGAGAGCUCCCCUGAUGACACAGCGGAGCCCAGCAGCCCUGCUCGCUCCCUCCCCACCCACCUCCUCCAAACCACACAUGGGAGCUCAGGAGGUCUUGCCUGCCUCGAGGCUUCGGCUAGAAGCUUUUGCCCAAACUUAAUUCUUCAGGGGAAGCCAGUGGGACUGCAAUUGGGAUGCCCCCAGACACCUGCAGCCCGUCCUGCCUCAGCGAGGGGGAACACGUGGAAGCCCUGAUUCGGGGCACGUGUCUCCAGACCGGAAACAGCAAGGGGGACUCACUUCCCCGGGCAUCUCCCCACGUAUGAGAAGUCAGUGUUAGGCUUCUUUCCAACUGAUGUACUGAGGGAAAGACAAAAUAUUUAUGGAAUAAAUGGAGCUUUUAUUUAUGGGUUUUCCUUCUUUAAUCAGCUGGUUUGACACCUUCCUGCUUACCCACCGGGUGGUAACAGCUGUGCGGUUCUCGGACUGCAUCGUCCCCCUUCCUGGCAUCUGUCAUGUAGCUGCUGCCGAAGGGACAGAGGCCGGAUCAGUCCCUGAAGGCAGAGGCAGAAGCGCACCCACUUUGAGGAACAGAGGACUUCUGGAAGUCAGUUCAGCGGUUCUACGUGUUUGAAUUCAGAUCUCAGAACAUUUCCCAGUGAUCUCUUGAUUUGUUUGUGAUCUCCAAGAUGUGUCUAAAUUUAAAAACUAUGUGUAUGCACAAUACCAUUUUAAAAUUUGAAAGAAAAAAAGGUGAUGGCCACAAAA